CGCGUGUUUUCUCCCAAAUAGUAAACAUAGUAAACAUUUGCAUACACUUACCUGCACGUGCUGUAAAUACUUUCGUAAUGGACUUACCCAUUAAAACGAACAGUUUGGAAAUAAUAAUCGGUACUUAUGAAGAAUUUCUGUUGGGUUAUAAAGUUGAAUUAAAAGAUAAUAAACCGGUUUUAGUGCAAUCGUUCGCUGACAAAUCGCAUUCGGGUUCAAUUAGAUGCGUUGCCGUCCAUAAACAAUGGAUAGCUACUGGGGGUACAGAUGAUCGUAUAUUCAUCUACGAUAUGACUAGCAGAAGCCAAACUCAGAUUUUACUAUGUCACGAGGGCUCCAUAAAUGCCUUAACAUUUACUCCAGACGGUACGCAUUUGUUGUCCGUUGCUAACGAUGGUCGCUUCAUUGCUACACGUUCGAAAACAUGGUCAACUGAAGCUUGUUGGAAAAAAGCACAUAAUCGUUUAGCGGCAACGCAUGUCAGUUGUCAUCCCAGCGGCAAAUUGGCGUUAACAUUAGGUUCUGACCUAAUUUUAUGCACUUGGAAUUUAAUAAAAGGUCGGAUAGCUUAUAAAACGAAUUUAAAAAGUCGUAAUUCUUUGGGUCGUCAACCCAAUUGUUUAACUUGGUCAAAUUCCGGUGAUUAUUUCACACUCAGCGGUCCGCGCGUAGUGGAAAUUUGGUCUAUUCAAACGGCUAAUGUGUUACACAGUCAUAGCACUAAGUCAAAACCUAUUUGCAUAUGUUGGACGGACGCUGAAGCUUGUGUUGUGGGUUUGGAGGAUGGUAAAAUUAUGUGGCUUUCACUAAGCAAGGACGAAAAGGAAUUUGAAUUAAUCGCUCAUAAUGCUCGAGUAAAAGCUAUGCAUUCAUUUAAAGACUAUUUAGUAACGUCAUCAAGUUCUGGCGAAAUAAAGCUAUGGCAAAUCAAUGAAACAGGGAAACACUCAAAGGCAAAACUUAAAGAGCUUGCAGUUACCAAUGUCGGAUGUCGCCCCACUUGCAUAAACAUACUUGAUCUUGAGCAAUUUGGGAAAGAUUACGGCAUUGCUCGCAGCUGCGAUGAAAGUAGUAAAGAAACUAAAUUAGUGAAUAAUACAGAAAAACCGUUUCCAAGAGGUGUCGUCAUCAUAGAAUGUGAUGCAGACGAUGAACAAGAAAGUAGUAAGCAAACUAAGGCGAGUAAAAAAAAGCCAAAUGGCGACGAUAAGGCUGAAAAGGAGGCUAUCGAAGAGAAAGAUAACGAAGAAGAAACUCUUGAUUACGUCAAAAAUGAUGCAGAUGUCGAUAGAGAUGGCGACGAUACGACAUAUAGCGAAAGUAAAUGGACAUCUCUGCACGACGCAUCGAAGAGCAAUAGACACAAAUCUAACAAAUCGCAGAGUGAAAAGAGCGAGAACAAGAAAAAGAAAAUUCACGGAUACAAUGAGCAAAAUAUUUUGCCUUCUAAAGCGAAGAAAAGGAAAUAGCCUUCUUCUGUUAAGAGAGAAAAAAAUGAGCAAAAUUUGAAAGCAUCCAACAAACAAGCAAUAAUCACACAGACAAAUUCCGUGUCAUCGCCGCA